AUCCUCAAGUUGCAACAGUUAAUGUUCUGAGCUUUUAUGGUCACCAAAAAAAAAAAAAAGAAGGCCAAAUCUGACUAUAAAACGACCCUUUUUCUCUCUCCAUAUAUUGCCCUGCUUUCUGUCUCACAGUCUCUCUGCAUCUCUCUCUCUCUCUUUCUCUCUUGCAUUGCCUCGCUUCCUAUCUGUUUUUUCAUAGAAAGAAACAGAAGCUGCAUUGGCUGGCAACAGAUUUGUGAGAGAGUUAAAGGGGAGGGCUGACAAAUAACCAUCCCCUGUUUUUUUUUUUCUCUGUUUUCCUCUGCUCUGCUGAGUGGGAGAGAGAGAGGCGGAUAUGGCGCAAAUUUCACCAAAGCUUCUGAUUCCAGAAUCAUUUCAAGUGUCAAGAGAUGAUAUUACAGGCCAAAUUGGUUUGAUAUGGGAGCUAAUCAAAGCACCAUUAAUAGUUCCUGUACUGACUCUUGGUGUCUACGUUUGCUUAGCUAUGUCGCUCAUGCUCUUCAUGGAGCGGCUUUACAUGGGAAUUGUCAUUAUUCUUGUUAAGCUGUUCUGGAAAAAACCAGAGCAGCGUUACAAAUUUGAGCCUAUUCAGGAUGAUGUGGAACUUGGUAGCUCAAAUUUCCCUGUUGUUCUAGUCCAAAUCCCAAUGUUCAAUGAAAAAGAGGUUUACAAGAUCUCCAUUGGCGCAGCUUGUGGGCUUUCAUGGCCGUCUGAUCGUCUCGUGAUCCAAGUACUCGAUGAUUCAACUGACCCUGCUAUCAAGCUAAUGGUAGAGCAAGAGUGCCUGAGGUGGGCAAGCAAAGGAAUAAACAUAACGUACCAAAUCAGGGAAAACCGAACAGGUUACAAAGCUGGAGCCUUGAAAGAAGGAUUGAAGAGAAGCUAUGUCAAACAUUGUGAAUUUGUGGUCAUCAUCGAUGCUGAUUUCAGGCCAGAGCCUGACUUCCUUAGAAGAAGCAUCCCUUUCUUGGUCCACAACCCUGACAUUGCUCUCGUUCAAGCUCGCUGGAGAUUUGUGAAUGCAGACGAAUGCUUGUUAACAAGAAUGCAAGAGAUGUCACUGGAUUACCAUUUCACAGUGGAGCAGGAAGUUGGAUCAUCAACUCAUGCUUUCUUUGGUUUUAAUGGAACUGCUGGUAUUUGGAGAAUUGCAGCCAUUAAUGAGGCAGGUGGGUGGAAGGAUAGAACCACCGUGGAGGACAUGGACCUUGCCGUCCGAGCUAGUCUUAGGGGAUGGAAAUUUGUUUACCUUGGUGAUCUUCAGGUAAAAAGUGAACUUCCUAGUACUUUUAAGGCCUUCCGUUUCCAGCAACAUAGAUGGUCUUGUGGUCCUGCUAAUCUGUUCAGGAAAAUGGUGUGGGAGAUCAUUCAAAACAAGAAAGUGAAAUUCUGGAAGAAAGUAUAUGUUAUCUACAGCUUCUUCUUCGUCCGAAAGAUCACUGCUCAUAUGGUCACCUUUUUCUUUUACUGUGUUGUUCUUCCUCUUACGAUUUUGGUUCCUGAAGUUAAAGUUCCCAUUUGGGGAGCCGUUUAUAUUCCUUCAAUCAUCACCAUUCUAAACUCAGUUGGAACACCAAGAUCCAUCCACCUGUUAUUUUACUGGAUUCUUUUCGAGAAUGUGAUGUCAUUGCACCGGACUAAGGCAACAUUCAUUGGCCUCCUGGAGGCAGGCAGAGCUAAUGAGUGGGUUGUCACUGAGAAACUAGGAGAUGCUGUCAAGAAAGCAGCAGAUGCUGCUAAGAACAAAACAAAUGUCAAAGCACCCAGAAAAUUUAGAUUCAAAUUUACUGAUAGACUCAACACAUUGGAGCUGGGAUUCGCGGCAUUCCUUUUCCUUUGCGGAUGCUAUGAUUUUGUCCAUGGGAAGAACAACUACUUCGUAUACCUUUUCCUCCAAACAAUUACCUUCUUCAUCACUGGAAUUGGCUAUGUUGGCACCAUCAUUUAGUGCAACUGCUACAUUGGCACAAUCCCGUAAGCUUUUGUGUCGGUGUAUGAGCAGUGUUUUUUCUCCCCACCACAAGCAAAAGUAUUAAGUGGGAGUCUGUCUGCAACCAUUUGACUGUGGCUAUAUCACUUAUUUUUAGCUCAUUCAAACAGAAACAGGUCAUUCAACAAAUUCAGCACCAAAAAGCUGUCGCCAUCUCUCCCUCAAAAUCAUUCCUGUUAAUGGAUCAGAAAAAGAAACGCUGUUGUUAUGCCAAUAUAUUUAUACAGAGUCAAGGACAAAGGAAAUGCAAAAAGAGCCUGUAGUAAAAGACAACAGGGAGAUGAUGUUAUUUUCUUUGAACAGUUUGCUUGAAUUGUAAGAUUUUUUUUUUUUCCUUUUCUCUUGUUUCUUCUUUUGGUUCCUUAUUUUUGGGUGUCCCAUUUGUUAGUUUUACUCAAGCUUUUGAAGGGAAUAAAGUGAGUAAUCACAGUUAAAAUUUAUCAAAUCCCAGUAUUUAUAUGUUUCUGUUAUAUCCUUGGUUUCGUAUCAGAACCCUAUAAAAAGGGAAAUUUUGCUAUGCUGUAAAUAAUUUCCUUCUGGUCCUUUCUCUAAUUUACUGGAUUCCUUUCCAAGACAUUAACUGUGGCAAUAAUUGCUGCAUUAUGUUGAACAAAUGCUUAUAAAAGAUGCAAUUCUCUUUGGCUUGAUCAUGUCCGUUAAGAAGAUUUACAGCUCUCAAACAAACAAAGAAAAAGGUAAAGUCUUUUUCCUGGACCAAAAUGUGUCCAUGACCAAUUGCUGCAAGUCUGCAGACUGCAGUUGAUGCAUAUUGACCCUUUUUUCUUCUUUUUCUUUGUACAAUACAAAACUUCUGUGAAUAAAUCAAUGUC